AUGUUGACCGCAGCCCAAAACUACAUUGAAAACCUCGGCCAGGAGUAUCUUUUUCUUUUUCCGUGGAACAGCAACUGUCUGCCAUCGUCUAAACCAAUAUUAGAACUAGACUUUAUCAAUAUAAAUGAAAAGCAGGAAGUGACCGUAGAUAUCACUUAUUCCAAAGGUGAUGGAACUUCGAACAAUACACGCUUAGUUAUCCCAUCAAAGAAUGUGACGACCCAACAAUUCCCAAGCACAAGUAUGCGAAAGGAUUUAAAAGCGGGUAUUCAAAACAUGACUAGCACGAAAAUUUAUGUGAAAUCUGAUAUUCCAAUCUCAGUAAUAGCGCAUGACUUUUGUGAUGGAAUUGGAGACAGCCUCAGUGUUUGGCCAACAACGCUUGCCUCACGCCGAUUCGCUUUCUCAAUUCCUGCUGCAGCAUCAGAUGGACUCGAGCUUCUAUAUUUCUUCUCUAUGCACAGUGCCGUUGUAAACUACACAAUAAUUUCUAAUGAUAACAAAAUCUCUGAAACCAAAGAAAUUCAAGGAGGUCUUAUGGCGGAUGAUGUUGUCUACGCAAUAAGUCCGGGGGAUGUUUCAGUGUAUGUUGAGACGUCAGAACCAAUUCAUAUCAUUGCUGCAGUAACUCGUCUCCCAAUACAAAAUUUGCCAAACAAAGUAGAUUUCGGUUGCUUUAUGCCACUUCCAGUGACUAAUACAGCGUGUAGCAGAAACACAGGAAAGGAAGAAUUAAGGGAAUGGGGUCAAAAAGAAAGUGGAGGAAACGAUGUACACGUUACGGAUCUCGAUGCUGGAAAUUACUACACUUUUACUCCACCUCACUACUCAUGCGCUCUAUUCAAUAUAACAAUUUAUAAUUCGAGUUCUGAAAUAAAUUCUCAACCUGUUCUGCCUGAAGAUGUGCAAAACCCAAUAAAUUUUGAGAAAUCCGAAAUGGGAGAAGUAGCGAUUUUUGAGUCGAGGUAAAA